AUGGAAGAUUUACUUGCCUGCCGAGUUUGUCUAGCAACAAACGUAAAACUUAACGAUAUUUACAAAUAUAAACUGAACAAUGUUUACGAAAAUAUAAGUGGUAUUGAGAUAUCCCCAGCGGACAACUAUCCGCAGUAUUUAUGCAUAUAUUGUACCUCAUUACUCCUGAAAUAUGCAUCGUUCAGAGAUAAAUGUAUAAAAGCCCAAGAGCUCAUGAAAUUAACUGAACAGGGAUGUGAACUUCUUACUGUUACAAAACUAGAAUCAUUGGCUGUGCUUCACCGGACAAAUCUACCUUAUGCAAUAUCAAACUUGAAAACUGCGGAAUUAAUAGUUAUGUCACCGGAAAAUAACAAGAACCUAACAGAUAUACAUAUUAAAAUUGAACCGGAUCUCUCAUUUAAAGAAGAACAGGACUACAGCGAUGAAGAACCAUUAGCGAAUAAAGUUAAGAAAAGGAUUUGUGAAGAGAAUCUGUGUGUGAAGGACUUUGAAGCUAAUGCUGACGAUGAUAGAAGCGAUUUUACUUUGCAAGUUGAUGUUGACGCGCCGGAUUGUAAAAAUGAUGUUUCCGAAAUUGAUAUUGAGUUAAAAUGCCUAUCAAAGGAAGAACAAUACAAUGAAUUACUGGCUAGAAAAACAUCCCAGAACUAUAUAAAUUCCUUUUAUAAGUGCGAGCUGUGUUUUAAAGGAUUCCUUCAAGAUGAGACUUACAAAAAACAUAUGAUACGACACGACCCGUCAUCAGGCAGCGAAACUUGUGACAUUUGCAAAACAAGAUGGCCGAACACGAGAGCUUUGAAAUCACAUAAAACUACAGCUCACGAACGAAAAUAUAUAUGCAAGCUAUGCAAUUUGGAAAUCAAAAGUUCUCACAGGGCCAAGGAGCAUUUAAAAUGGCAUGGAGGUCACAAGUUCGUUUGUAAAAUAUGUGGUCUGACAUUCACUAAGUCAACUAGUCAUCUGACGCAUCUAAGGUUACAUCAUCCGUCUAAGAAUUGCUGUGAAAUUUGCGGCGAGAGCUUUCUAAGCGAAGUCGGAUUGAAAAUGCAUUAUAAGAAGUCGCAUCGUGAAGUCGAGGUAAUAGUAACGCGACCAAAGAUCACAUGUUGUGUAUGUGAUGCCCACUUCAAGACUGACGAAGCUAUGGCGCGGCAUGUUGCUCAUACUGCGGACGGCGUAUGCGAUGCCAAGUACAGUUCAUGUUACCAUUGCGGGGAGAACUACCCAACGCAGAUUGCUUUGAAGGAACAUAUAAAAUCUCAUGACAACGGAGUUAAAUGCGAAGAGUGUGACAGGCAGUUCGCUCACAGCCGUUCCUUCUCGAUCCACUAUCAACGUGUCCACCUGGGAAUCAAACUGCAACCCUACAAGCCGCGGGAACGACGCCCACACGUGGACUGGGUGUGUGAAAUAUGCGGAAAGACUUGCAUAUCCAAUGCGUCGCUGAUCUGUCACCAGCGCAUACAUACAGGAGAAAAACCUUAUCAGUGCAGGGAGUGCCCCAAACGGUUCAGCAUAUUUCAGCGAUUAAAAAUCCACCAACGGACACAUACCGGUGAGAGGCCGUUUAAAUGCACGGUGUGUCCGAAAGCAUUCAAACAUAAGGCUGCGUUGAACAGACAUGAUCGGGUCCACUCCGGAGCGAAGCCAUAUCAAUGUAUUCAUUGUGGAAAGACGUUUUCACAGUCGAAUUCUAGAAAACUUCAUAUAAGGACUGUACAUCUAAAACUGCCUACCCCCUAUCGCAGUAGUCGGUAUAGGACUGAAGAUACAGAUGUAUCAGACAAUAAUACCCUGAAAUUAUCAGGUUAA